AUGUACAAAACAGAGGAAGCUGAGCUGUCAUUAAUGGCGUAUCAAAUGGAACAACAGUCGUUUAAACCCACACCGAGGAUGUCAAGAAACUCAAAUCCUUAUCACAUAAAAAGGCCGAUGAACGCAUUCAUGGUGUGGUCGAGGCUGCAGAGGAAGAAGAUAUCAAUGAUGAAUCCGAAGCUGCACAACUCAGAAAUAUCUAAACGCCUGGGCCUCGAGUGGAAGAGCUUGGACGAGACCGAGAAGAGACCAUUCAUAGACGAGGCGAAGAGAUUAAGGCUAAAGCAUAUGCAUGACCACCCCGACUACAAGUAUCGUCCACGGCGCAAGAACAGAUUAGAAACGCAUUUUGUCACACCCAAUGUGUACACGAGGGACGCUUUCAUAGAAGUAGAGCCACGAGCAGACGCCUCCUACCAAAUUCCAAUCAACUACACCGACCAUCAGUUUGUUUAUAACAAUAUGAUUAGUUACCAGAUUCCUGCGAUCUCACAGACGUCCUUCCCGAGCGCAAUAAGACAAAAGGAGGAGGCGUUGCCAAGUUUGGAUUUGAGGCCUCUGCCAUCUAUUGAAAGUAUAUCGCCGCGGCCCUUCGUCGUGAACCAGCAGAUGAUGGUGAAGGCAUACCAGGAUUUGCAUUACGCACCCACCGACGUCACCCGAAUCUCGUACCACUAUCCGUUUGGUGUGCAG